GGAAAUAAAACAGAGUUAAUUACGAAAUUGAAUCGCAACUUCGCAAAGGAGCUUACGGCGAAUAAAGAAGACAAUAAUUGGGAUUUUUGCAAGAGCGAUGAAGGUGAACGUGCAAAGAGGGCUUUGGACAAAACGGCGGAUGCCAUUUAUGAUGCGACUAAAAGUAAAGGCAACAAAAUCAGACGGGCCGCCCAAAAUAGGCCACAAAAUCUCAUUGGAGUGGGCCUACAUGCUUUGACAACAGUCCAAAUUCACCUUCUUCCCCAACAAGAAACCCCCGCAACAUCUCUCUGCAAUUUAUACACUGCAAAUCCAACUCCAUCAGCUCCACAGCGAUUGCUUAAGAAAUCAAUGGGUGACAGUCAGUACUCGUUCUCUCUCACCACUUUCAGUCCUUCAGGAAAACUUGUCCAAAUUGAACAUGCUUUGACAGCUGUUGGAUCUGGUCAAACAUCUCUUGGAAUCAAAGCUGCUAAUGGUGUUGUUAUUGCGACAGAGAAGAAAUUACCAUCCAUCUUGGUUGAUGAGACGUCUGUGCAGAAGAUUCAGAAUUUGACCCCAAACAUUGGAGUUGUCUACAGUGGUAUGGGACCCGAUUCUCGAGUUUUGGUGCGGAAAAGCAGAAAGCAGGCAGAGCAAUAUUUCCGAUUGUACAAGGAACCAAUUCCAGUUACUCAAUUGGUGAGGGAAACUGCGACCGUUAUGCAGGAGUUCACUCAGUCAGGUGGCGUGAGGCCAUUUGGUGUAUCACUCUUGGUUGCUGGAUAUGAUGACAAGGGUCCACAGCUAUACCAGGUGGAUCCUUCAGGUUCGUACUUUUCUUGGAAAGCUUCAGCUAUGGGAAAGAAUGUAUCCAAUGCAAAGACAUUUCUUGAGAAGAGGUACACGGAAGAUAUGGAACUUGACGAUGCUGUGCAUAAUGCAAUUUUGACACUUAAGGAGGGAUUUGAAGGACAGAUAUCUGGCAAAAAUAUCGAAAUUGGUGUAAUUGGCAAUGACAAAAUAUUCAAGAUUCUAACUCCAUCCGAAAUUGAAGAUUACUUGAAGGAAGUUGAAUAGUUUCAAUCCCCGACUUUUAAUUUCUGUUUUCGGCUGAAUGCAGUUGUUGGUUUUGUUUGUAUAACCAAUACAUCUUGAUCU